AUUUCCAGGUUUCGUGGAACAGCGUAAGCGAGUUUCGGCAUGAAUAAUCAGGCACAUGGUCCUCACUACUAUAACCAAGGGUUUCAGCAUGAGGAAGGAAGACCCCCUCCGUAUUCCCCAUAUCAUGGGAUGUACCCAGCUCCCAGUCAAGGUCCCCCUUCCUAUGCUGAUUCCCAGGUUCCCCACCAGACCAUCAACACCCACCAUGACAGCCCUGGAGUACCACAGAACACAGGACAGAAGAAAGGAAUGAAGAAAAGCCACUGUAAACAUAUAGUGAGUGCAUUUGUCUGCGUCUUAGUGGUUCUUGCAGUGAUCGCAAUCUUGCUCUGGUACUUCUUGUACUAUCAGUGUUUACAAGGGAAAUUAUGUGGAAAUGGCGGGGUGUGUCUGAGUGCCUCCCAGUGGUGUGAUGGUGUGGAGGACUGCCCGCAAGGUGACGAUGAAGCCAAUUGCUUACACUGCUACGGGACCAACUUAAUUCUGCAGAGUUACUCGUCAGACAGCCAAACUUGGAAGCCUGUGUGUGCCGAGGGCUGGAACGACAACUACGGGAAAGCUGCCUGUGAGCAGAUGGGCUACAAGGGAAGCCAGUAUAUGUCCUUCACCCAGGUUAGUGCAGGAUCACUGGCUUCCAAAGGGUACAUGAAGCUGAAACCUGGACAUAAGCCUGGAGCACUUAUUCAGUCACAGCUCAUCCACAGCCAAAGUUGCUCAGAAAAUGCUGUCAGCCUGCAUUGUAUUGACUGUGGAGUGAGUGAUGCAGCUCCCAGCACUCGAAUAGUGGGGGGAACAAUGGCGGCAAGAGGGGCCUGGCCAUGGCAAGUCAGUCUCCAGAUUAAUGGUCAUCACCUUUGUGGAGGCUCCAUUAUCAGCGCUUACUGGAUUGUAUCUGCCGCACACUGCUUUGAAGAAUUCUCCAAUCCUGAAAUUUGGAUAGUAUACUCUGGCCAUGUGAGCUUGCAGGCAAUGAGCAACAGAGGCACCACAGUCAGGAAAAUCAUCAGUCAUGAAAAAUAUGAUGCGGCAACUAGUGACAAUGACAUUGCCCUCCUGAAGCUCAAUACACCUCUGACGUUUUCACGUGAAGUAAGGCCAGUGUGUCUGCCCAAUGUUGGUGUAAACCUCUCUCCUGAGCGUCUGGCCUGGAUCACUGGAUGGGGAGCCCAGCACUCACAUGGACCAACCACUGACAGACUGAUGCAGGCUCAGGUGACCAUUUACAGCAGAGACAACUGUAACAGACAGGAAGUGUUAAAUGGAGAAGUUACCAAGACCAUGAUCUGUGCUGGCAAACUGCAGGGAGGAGUGGAUGCAUGUCAGGGUGACAGCGGAGGACCCCUGGUGACCAAGGAGGGAGGGCUAUGGUGGCUGGUAGGUGACACUAGCUGGGGCUACGGAUGUGCUUUGAGAAACAAGCCCGGAGUCUAUGGCAAUGUAACCUACUUUAUUGACUGGAUAUAUGAACAAAUGAAGAAGGAGUGAUGGAGACGUAAAAGAAGACGAGGAUUUAUCCCUAAUCAAUGUUGUUCAUUGCACAUUCAAUUUUGCACAUUUUGAAGCUCAAAGAACUUUUGUAAAAAGAGAUUUUAUAAACUUCACUAACUGGAGAUGAAUUAUGCAGAAAAUGCCAA